UGUACUAUUCAUCGUCAACAAAUAUCAAUAUAUACGAGGGCGGUGACGUGUUGUCGUCGCUUCCAGAUCCUUCUUUUAAUUCUCUGAAUUUUCUUAUUUGCCUAACAAUCUCUUUCGAGUCUCACCUACCACAACCUGAGUUAUGCUUUAGCUGUUCAUAAAACUCUCUCCAGAAAAAUUAUUGUUGUAUCCGCUGCUGUGUAUCUUCUUUCAUUAUUCUUUUGCCAAGGAGUCAAGGAAUUUAAAGAGAACAUUAUGGAGGAAUCAAAUGCAGCAAGGUAUUGGUGUCAUAUGUGCUCUCAAAUGGUCAAUCCUAUCAUGGAUGUGGAAAUCAAAUGCCCCUUUUGCCAAAGUGGAUUUGUUGAAGAAAUGAGAAACGCCACCAGUCGCAGCGACAUUCACAAUAUGCCAGAAGCUGAUUUUGAAUCUGAUCGGGCUCUCUCCCUUUGGGCACCCAUCUUGCUAGGCAUGAUGGGCAAUCCACGUCAUCCUCAAAGACUGAGGCAAAUAGAGAAUGAUGAUUUUGAUAAUGGUAAUCGCGAUGAUGUUGAUGGUGUAGCAGACCAUGGUGGAGAAACUGCUUAUGAUCAAGAGCUUGAGUCCAUCCUUCGCAGAAGGAGAAACUCAGCUACCAUUCUACAAUUGCUCCAAGGUAUAAGAGCUGGACUGGCAUCUGAAUCAUAUGAGAAUUCGGACAGCGAUAACCAUAACAGAGAAAGAGAGCGUGUAAUCUUGAUCAAUCCUUUAAAUCAGACUAUUAUUGUCCGAAAAACUUUGUUUUGA